UGAUCACCGUGAAAAAUCACGGUUGAUUAGUGACGGUUGAUGAUUUUGAACGCCAUCUCUACUAGAUACAUCAAUCCUUGUGCUCCAAUUGUGCUUAUUGUGGUGUAUUAUAUUGAAUUUAAUAAGGAGCAAGGUUAUUUUUUCGGAAUUAAUUGGAGAUAAUACAAGUGUUUACUUUUUAGGUUAAACAAGAAACUAGAGACAGUGUCCUGUAGUUGAAAUUAAUAAACACAUAAAGGACUGUGUAAAUGUUUAAAGUAAGAAGAUUAUUAAAGAAUAAAGGUUUUUCAGUCGACCUUUGUCUGGAAUAAAGGAGCGUACCUGGCUUAUGAUAUCUGCCGUCUUUACAAAAAGGAAAUGGGAGAGAUGUGCCAGCAUUAGGGGACGGAAAUCCGUAGUUACAUUUGGACGCUAGCAGACGUAGCAUCGCUUUCGUACAUAAAAUCGAGUUGUAAUGUAAAAAAAUAUAAUAUUGAAUGUAGAAGAUUGUGAUGUGCAACGAAUUGUGUCGCGAGGAAAUUUGCAGAAGGAAAUUUCGAAACUACAAUUAAAAGAUGCAGUGACAUAUCCUUGCUGAAGGGGAUUUGAUUGCACCAAAUUCUUCUGCAGUGAUCAAUGAGGAGGCUCUUCUUAUGGCAGAGGAAAUCUAUAACCGUACAAUUGAUAUGUUAAAUGAGUAUAAAUUCAUCAAGUGUGAAGAACUCUUUAUGAAGAAUGAAGCCGAAGACAAGGAAACACAUGAAGAAGCAAGGAGCAGUUCAUCGGAGAAUUACGAGCCACAGGAGAAAAUAACGAAAACGGAACACAUUCCAUUAGAAUACAAAAUUAAAGUUGUAAACAUUGUAAAAGCACACAAAGGAUGGACGCUUAAAACUUUACAAAGAAGAGGGUGCUCUCGCUUAAAACGCAUGGAUGAUAUACCGAGGUGGGAGGCUCACAUUAAACGUGGUGGGACCAUUUUUGAUAAGUAUUCAAUAAUUGAUUCAUGGACGAAGGAUCGUUUUGAAGAAGCUCGCAAAAGUCAUCAGCAAGUGACGACGAGAAACUUGCAGGAAUGGGCGUUAGCUGCUGCAAGCCAGUUCAGAGACUUCCAAUUUAAAGCAUCUAAGUCGUGGGUGAAGCAGUUCAAGCAGAGACAUGGAAUUCGUCAAAGGAAGAUUAUGAAACACGUCUCGGAAAGUGAGGAUUCAACAAUGGAGGAAUGUUGGACAUCCGCGGAAACGUUCCGAUCUCAAAUUAGAACUUUGAUACAACACUUUCAUCCAAAUUUUAUCAUUAAUACAGAUCAGAUAGACUGUGAAUAUCAAACGGAUUCUGGCAGAACAUAUGAACACCAAGAAUCCAAGGUGGUCAUGGGCCAGGAACAAAAUAUAACGGAAUUGACUUGUCACUCUCACACAGCGCAAUAUUCUAUUACUAUGUCGGGAAAACUAUUACCCGUUGUUUUUGUGUGCCUACCAGAAAUAUCUGGAUCAUGCGGAAAGUCGAUAGCCCAGUAUUCGGCCAAAUAUCCAAAGGUAGUUGUUGUAUAUUCGAAAUCAGGGAAACUUGCUACACAUUUAUAUAAAAGUUUUUUAAGUGAUUGCUUGAAACCGUACGUGCAAAAAGAGAAAUUUCUGUUAAUAAUUGAUUCUUGGGACGGACAAACUAAUCCCGUAUUGUACGAUGAAUUAUUUCAAGACGAUGACGGAAAAGUAACAUGUACUUUAAAAGUAAUCCCUUCGAAAUGCACACCAUUGGUCCAACCGUGCGAUGUUUAUUUUUACCGACAGGUAAAAAAUUUUAUCAAGAGAUUACAAAACUGUACCUACUUACUUGAAAAUAAACGCGAGAUUAAUUCAAGUGAGGAUUACAUUAAAAUACAUUCUGUUGCGCAUCAUCAAUUGUCCUCCCCUAUAUUUUGCAAUAUGAUUCAAUAUGCGUGGUAUGCAUCAAAAUUAUGUGAUAACCGAGAAGUAUUUAUGAAUGUGAAUGAUGUGUGUUUUCCAAUAGACACACUUAAACAACUAUGCGCUUGUACAAACGUUACUUUCAUAAUUUGUGCUAGAUGCCGCAAUAAUUAUUGCUUUCCAUGUUUUUACGAUAAGUAUCAUCCUGGGUCGUGUAUGUAAUUAAUGUAGGAAAUGCGUAAUUAUGUAUUAAACGUAAUAUUAUGUAUUAUUUAUACGUUUCAUUUUUCCCGUGUCCACAAAUAAAAAUCAGCAUUUUUAAUUUAAAAAAUAACAAUAGGUGUUCAUUGGCGAAGAUUUCAUGAAUUUUACGCUAAAAAUUGAGGUAGGCUAAGGUUCGCUAAAUUAAACUUGGAUAUUUGAGAUCUUCAAAUCCUGUAAAUUUCAGAGAAAUCAGUUUGAGCAUCUUUAGUACAAAUAUUGUCUCAAAAUACCUCGAUAACUAACAGUUUUAAAAUGUCGAGAGUUAUCGAACUAUACGAAAAAAUAAUGGAAUUGUUGAUCGCAUAAGCACCAUUGCACUUUUAAAAAAAAUAUUGGUCUACUCUUUAAAUCAUUUAUCUAUUUCCUUCAUUUUUAUAUAAGUGCAUUGGAGUACAUUACUUUGUACAUUAAUUCAA